AUGUCUACCAAACAGAUCAUCCGCGAGGCCAGCCAUGCCGGCUCCUGGUAUACGGACAAUGAGGCUCAAUUGAAUCGACAACUCGAUGGCUGGCUUCACGCCGUCAGCACGCCGGUAUCUUGUAUCGGGCCUCAGUCGGAAGGGGAGUCAAUACCACAACUGCCAGUCCCGGGAGCGAGAAUGAUCAUUGCGCCGUACGUCACGUUAUAUCAAGGCCUGUAGAUUGUGCCUUGCAUACUAAACAGGUCUGUAGGCAUGCUGGCUACUCUUACUCCGGACCCGCUGCCGCCUGGGCCUACAAGGCCUGGGAUGUGUCAAAGGCGUGAGUACUGUCACAUGCUUCUCAUUGAUCUUUCCAGUUCACCGGUCCUCGGGAAUAUCUUUGUGUCACGAACGAUGGUCGCGUAUAAUGGAACUGGAGGAAUGGCAUCACGGCGUUGUUCCCAUCGCAGGUACUGAUUGCAGCAGUAAAAAGGUCUUCCUUCUCGGACCAUCACACCACUAUUACCUCUCGGAGGCUGCCCUAUCAAAAUGCACAGAAUACGAGACUCCGAUCGGCAACCUCACCAUCGACCGGGAGACGACUGCUGAACUUCAUAAAACUGGCCUGUUCGAGUGGAUGAGCCAGUCCACAGACGAAGAUGAGCACAGUCUGGAAAUGCACCUACCAUAUAUCUACAAGACGCUGUCGAAGUAAGUCUGCAGGUAUCCAUGGGCCGGCCAAACUCGAGCGGUCGAUGCUGACGAGAAUUAAAUAGCACGUUCGAUGCUUCAAAUCUCCCACCUUUGGUCCCAAUCAUGGUCGGCAACACUUCUGCGGCAACCGAGAAAAGGCUUGGUGCAACUCUCGCACCGUACCUUGCAGAUCCUUCGAAUGUCUUUGUCAUAUCCUCGGACUUCGCGCAUUGGGGAUCCCGAUUCCGAUACACUUACUACCGCCCCAGCUCAGGAUCUGCGGUGAAUCUCAGCUCGUCCAGCAAAGUCCCCAAGGAUCCCGCUAUCCACGAAUCUAUUAAAGCGGUUGACUUCGAAUGCAUGGGUGCUUGCGAAAAGGGCUCUCAUAACGGCUGGCUUGAUGUCCUAGAGGACACUGGCAACACUGUCUGUGGAAGACACCCCAUCGGCGUCAUGAUGGCUGCUGUGGAGGAAGUCAAGAGGAAUGAAGGUAGAGGAGAGAAUUACGGCAAGAUUCAAUUUGUGAGGUAUGAGCGGAGCAGUGAGGCUGUCAGUGUGAAGGACAGUAGCGUGAGUUAUGCGAGUGCCUUUGCAGUGCUGUGA